GCACGAACCCGCGUCCCCUGCAUCGGCAGGCGGACUCUCGACCACUGCACCACCAGGGAAGCCCCAGCCUACUUUUUAUUAUCACUAUGCACUGACAAUUCUAAGCAAUGCCAAUCAUACUACUUCUCUCUGAAAAAAAAUUUUUUGUUGGUCUAAAUUCUAAACAACUGCUGCCAUUACUGAAAUUUAAUAAUAUAUAUGUAAGCUGAGAAUUACCAUUUUUUUGGUUACCUGUUCUUUAACAAACACUGUAGUCUACAUGGAAAUAAAUCUAACUCCUCUGGACGUGGACCCAGCUACACAUGUUUAUUUCAAGAAUAAGCAGCCAAGUUUUUUUUUUUCAUUUUCAUAAUCACUGUGCUAUAAUUUAGUUUGAAUCUAUGUUUAAACACAGGAUUACAUAGUAGUACCACAGCAGUUAGAGAUAUGAACUGGGCCUGAGCAAGUUCAAAUAAUUCGUAACCAUUACACACUUUGGAGACUUUUACUGAAUAUAACAGAAAUUUAUGAUGAAUUUUCUGGUGAAGGUAUUUUAGUGGAAAUUUUUCAACUGCAGAAACAUUUGAAAGCUGCUAGAGCUGAUCCCAAAGAACAAAGACCUGGACAGUAUUGCAGUUUCUGGAAGUUACUAUGAAGUGGGAUUUUUAUGAAACUCUGAUAAACUUAUCUUUAUUUUAAAGCUUUUCUAAUUACUUGUGUAUCUAUUUCUUCAUGUGAAAGAAACAUUUGAAAUUAAAAUAGUGUCCUUCAAUCAACCAUGAGUGAGGCCACACCAGUUCUAUUGACCAUGACUAUGUGAAGAUCAAUUUGACAAAGCCACUGACAUAUUUGCAGAAGUGAAGGCUUAAAGCAGAAAGCACAGUGGAGUUAUUCAUCACCAUCACCAUGGGGACCAAAAUAAAAAUUACAUCUCAGCAAGGAGAGUUUACAAAUAAGGACUUUCAUCUAGAAUCAGCAUCAGAGAUGAACACUGAAAGACUGGGGAUGAACAAAUGGAGUUCCAGUUUUCAAAAAAAAGAAGCAGCUCGAUUCCUGAAACCAAAACAAGGAGCUUGUCACAGAUCCUGAGCAAAAUGAAUAAACCUAUGAUUAAGGAUCUUUCGAAGAUGGUUUGGCUGCCUUGGAGAUUUGGAGAUCUGAGGCCACGAUGAGGACUCACACACGGGGAGCUCCCAGUGUGUUUUUCAUAUAUUUGUUUUGCUUUGUGUCAGCCUACGUCACCGACGAGAACCCAGAAGUCAUGAUUCCCUUUACGAAUGCCAACUAUGACAGCCAUCCAAUGCUGUACUUCUCCAGGGCGGAGGUGGCCAAGCUCCAGCUCAGAGCUGCCAGCUCCCACGAGCACAUUGCCGCCCGGCUCACUGAGGCCGUGCACAUCAUGCUGUCCAGCCCCUUGGAGUACCUCCCUCCCUGGGAUCCCAAGGAGUACAGCGCCCGCUGGAAUGAAAUUUAUGGCAACAACUUGGGGGCCUUGGCCAUGUUCUGCGUGCUGUAUCCUGAGAACAUUGAAGCCCGAGAUAUGGCCAAAGACUACAUGGAGAGGAUGGCAGCUCAGCCUAGUUGGUUGGUGAAAGAUGCUCCUUGGGAUGAAGUCCCGCUUGCUCACUCCCUGGUUGGUUUUGCCACUGCCUAUGACUUCUUGUACAACUACCUGAGCAAGACACAACAGGAGAGGUUUCUUGAAGUGAUUGCCAAUGCCUCGGGAUAUAUGUAUGAAACUUCAUACAGGAGAGGGUGGGGAUUUCAAUACCUGCACAAUCAUCAGCCCACCAACUGCAUGGCCUUGCUCACAGGAAGCCUGGUCCUGAUGAAUCAAGGGUAUCUUCAAGAAGCUUACUUAUGGACCAAACAAGUUCUGACCAUCAUGGAGAAGUCUCUUGUCUUGCUCCGAGAGGUGACAGACGGCUCCCUCUAUGAAGGAGUUGCAUAUGGCAGCUACACCACUAGAUCACUCUUCCAGUAUAUGUUUCUUGUUCAGAGGCACUUUGACAUCAACCACUUUGGCCACCCAUGGCUUAAACAACACUUUGCAUUUAUGUAUAGAACCAUCCUGCCAGGGUUUCAAAGAACUGUGGCUAUUGCAGACUCAAAUUACAACUGGUUUUAUGGUCCAGAAAGCCAAUUAGUGUUCCUGGAUAAAUUUGUCAUGCGUAACGGCAGUGGUAACUGGUUGGCUGACCAGAUCAGAAGGAACCGUGUGAUGGAAGGUCCAGGGACGCCUUCCAAAGGGCAGCGCUGGUGUACGCUUCACACAGAAUUUCUCUGGUAUGAUGCCAGCUUGAAAUCUGUCCCCCCUCCAGAUUUUGGCACCCCAGCAUUGCAUUAUUUUGAAGACUGGGGUGUUGUGACUUAUGGAAGUGCGCUGCCUGCAGAAAUCAAUAGAUCUUUCCUUUCCUUCAAGUCAGGAAAACUUGGGGGACGUGCAAUAUAUGACAUUGUCCACAGAAACAAAUACAAAGACUGGAUCAAAGGCUGGAGAAAUUUUAAUGCAGGGCAUGAACAUCCUGAUCAAAACUCCUUUACUUUUGCUCCCAACGGUGUGCCUUUCAUUACUGAGGCUCUCUAUGGGCCAAAGUAUACCUUCUUCAACAAUGUUUUGAUGUUUUCCCCAGCUGUGUCCAAGAGCUGCUUUUCUCCCUGGGAAGGUCAGGUCACAGAAGACUGUUCAUCAAAAUGGUCUAAAUACAAGCAUGACCUGGCAGCUAGCUGUCAGGGGAGAGUUGUUGCUGCAAUGGAGAAAAAUGGGGUGGUUUUCAUCCGAGGAGAGGGUGUGGGCGCUUACAACCCCCAGCUCCAUCUGAAGAACGUUCAGAGGAAUCUGAUCCUCCUGCAUCCACAGCUUCUCCUCCUCGUGGAUCAGAUACACCUGGGAGAGGACAGCCCCUUGGAGACAGCAGCAGGCUUCUUCCACAAUGUGGAUUUUUCUUUUGAGGAGACAGUGGUAGAUGGGGUCCAUGGGGCUUUCAUCAGGCAGCGAGAUGGGCUCUAUAAAAUGUACUGGAUGGAUGAUACUGGCUACAGUGAGAAAGGAACCUUUGCUUCAGUGACAUACCCUCGGGGCUAUCCCUACAAUGGGACCAACUAUGUGAAUGUCACCACACACCUCCGAAGUCCCAUCACCAGGGCAGCUUACCUCUUCAUAGGGCCCUCCAUAGACGUUCAGAGCUUCAGCAUCCACGGAGACUCUCAGCAACUGGAUGUGUUCAUAGCCACCGGUGAGCAUGCCUACGCCACUUACCUGUGGACAGGUGAGACUACAGAACAGUUGGCCUUGGCACAGGUCAUUGCCGACCGUCAGAAAAUUCUGUUUGACUGGAGUUCAGCCAUCAAGAGCACCAUUGUCCCUGAGGUGAAGGACUACGCCGCUAUUGUGGAACAGAACCUGCAGCGUUUUAAGCCAGUGUUCCAGCUGCUGGAGAAGCAGAUCCUGUCCCGAGUCCGGAACACAGCCAGCUUUAGGAAGACUGCUGAGCGCCUGCUGAGAUUUUCAGAUAAGAGACAGACUGAGGAGGCCAUCGAUAGGAUUUUUGCCAUAUCACAGCAACAGCAGCAGCAGCAGCAAAGCAAGUCCAAGAAAAACCGAAGGGGAGGCAAGCGCUAUAAAUUUGUGGAUGCCGUCCCUGAUAUUUUUGCACAGAUUGAAGUCAAUGAAAAAAAGAUUCGACAGAAAGCUCAGAUUUUGGCACAGAAAGAACUGCCCAUAGAUGAAGAUGAAGAAAUGAAAGACCUUUUAGAUUUUGCAGAUGUAACAUAUGAGAAACACAAAAAUGGUGAUUUGAUGAAAGGCCGGUUUGGACAGGCUCGGAUGGUGACGACGACUCGCAGCAGAGCCCCAGCACUGUCUGCUUCGUAUACCAGGCUGUUCCUGAUUCUGAACAUCGCUAUUUUCUUUGUCAUGUUGGCAAUGCAACUGACUUAUUUCCAGAGGGCCCAGAGCCUACAUGGCCAAAGAUGUCUUUACGCAGUCCUUCUAAUAGAUAGCUGUAUUUUAUUAUGGUUGUACUCUUCUUGUUCCCAAUCACAGUGUUAGCACUGAAGCUAUAAAUUGCUUGAUCAUUUUGUGGUCACAAGUCUGUGCAAAAAAUAAAAUCAUUGCCCUUGUUUGUUACUGGAUUUUUUUUCUCAGAUUCUUUUAACAAAUUAAGGGGAAGGUACUUUCACACAAGAAAGCAGGGACAUGGAGAAAUCAGUAUGGGUAAAGGCAAAGAAUUUAUCAAAGGAAUAAGAGUAGCUUGGUUGUCACAUGGUGUUUCUGGAAGUGGCUUGGCUGAAUUAGCAGUCCAUAUAAUACUGCUCUUAAAAGAACAAAAUGUCUGGUUUUAAGUAAUAUUUCUUCUUAAGAGAAAAAGACUUAGAUAGAAUUGGAUUUUAUUAAUAUUAAUUUAAUGCUAUUAGCGAUCUCCAGAUACUAUUUUAUGAAAAGACUGAAGCACACAAUUCUAAGAAAUACAGAAAAAAAUUUUUAAUGGUGUAGUCAUGUUGAAAAUAAAUGUUAAUAAGUCCUGGUGUGGUGGUGUCACCUUCCUUAGAGAGUAAUUCAUGAGUUAAGUGAAUAACAGCAUCUGUACAUUGGAUUACUAUUCAGAUAACAUAGUAAAAUGAUGGCAGAAGAUUACUGAAAAAUUUGGGAUAUAUUUCCAGUGGAAAACAUAUAUCUAUGAAUGAAUUUCCUUGAUGUUGUUAGUUUCAGCAUACACAUAAUUGACUGCUUUUACACACCCAUUGGUUAUUCAAUAAAUGAGACAAUUACAGGUAUCUUAAUUUUCUAUUUUCCUUCUGUGGAAAACUGUUAUAGACCCAAUGACUAACUUCAAAAUAAAUAUAUCCUGAACAUUGAUUUCAGUACCAAAGAAGAUGGGGAAGCUAAAAUUUGGAUAUGAUUCUUACUUUUUUUAAUAGAAAACUUUCUUCAAUUUAUUUUGCUAAAUAAACAUCAUAAUUGCGAUUUU